CAUAACUAUUUAAAUAGACAAGAAAAACCCUCAAAUAAGAAAAGCUCGCAUCUUCUAAAUCCUUUCACUUUCCGUUAUCUUGUGGGUGAGAGAAACAAGGCAACAAUGGCGGAAUCUGAAUCUCCGGUUGAAGUCAACCUGAUCCCGAUCGAAGCCACACCUGAAAGCUUCGGAGAUUAUGGUCAAGUCAUCGAAGCCUCCUCCGACGGUGAUCACUUCGGUCCUAACGAUGCUCAAUUAGAUCUCUCCAAAGGAAUCCCACGUUUCUAUAUCAUGCGUCUCAAAGAUCGAUCCUUUGGCUUCUCCACGAUCACUCACCACGCGAACGUGACACAGUGUCUGGGAUCGAUAGGUGGUCACGUUUGGUAUCUAGGAGUAGCGAAGCCAUCUCUUAUCGAAGAUGUUGCUGAGAGAGAAAGAGUUGGGGAUAACAAUGUAGAGUCAGGAUCCGGUGGUCACUUGUACGCUCCUCCUACGGUUGAGGAGGUGCGCGUCUUCAGGUUUUCGGGACCGAAGUUUGUUAAACUGAACCGUGGCACGUGGCAUGCUGGACCGUUGUUCAGUGAGAGUUCCAUGGACUUCUACAACUUAGAGCUCAGCAACACAAAUGAGGUGGAUCACACCACACAUGAUUUCAAGAAGAAGAAUGGGGUCACCUUCCGGUUUGAGGAUAGCUCAUCGUCCUAAGUCAAAUCCUAUAUUGGUGGGUGAUCAGUGUGGUUCUGUUUUUUUUUCAUGUCUUGUAAUCAAAACAGAGUGAGAAACAUUUUCUUGUAUUCAAUGAUCCAAAACUGUCUGUGUACAAACCUGUAACUCUAUAUCUCUUCAUCUA